AUGCCUGCGCUCUGGGCCAAGAUCGUCUGUGUCUUCCCACAAAGCAUCGAGACCAUUCUUCUCAGGGCAAAGGGCGCGCCGCUCAGCCUUUACAUCGAUCAAUGGACCUCUGCAAAUGCGGUAUGGGACAUUAUCAACCGGUACGAUCUACUGCGCGGGGCACGCGUUUUGGACUGCAGCCAGGACUCGCAAGAGCACCGUCCUCUACGUGAUUGGUCGGCGUACCUCGUAAACCGCCAACUCCCUCAGCUCCAGCACCUUACCCUACACAUCGUUUCCUUCACUGACGUCGCCCAUCUUCAAUAUCAACCGCCCAUUGCCAAUUCUCUGAGGAGCCUGGCGAUCAAUGUUCCCUUUCCUAUCAUCGCGCCCACGUUGGAAUCUCUCCAUACCAUCGGCACCAUAUGGCACCAGCCAAUGCUUUUGGAGUACCUGGAGCAGUAUCCGGGGCUCCGCACAUUGAACAUCGAUGCUGUCUCCGGGGACCAUCGAGGUUUUGCAAGGGUGAUCUCGGAGGAGACACUUCUGAUCGCCGAGCGGAUGAAACGCGAGUGCAAGGACGUAUCCCUCGUACGGCUUCCAGACCUUCGGACUCUAAAAUUUGGAUACGCCGGGGAGAAUGCGUUUCGGCUGGUACGCAACAUCGAGGCGCCCGUGUGUGAUAGAUCUGUUGUUGCGAAUGUAUGGUCCCAGCCUGAUCUACUGAGUUUGCUCGCGCGUUUGAGAGCACUGUGUCACGUAGACCUAAACGCCUUCACACUAUUCGCCAGGGGCAAUGCAGACCGGACCAUUGAUAUGGCCUUUACCGACGAGCACCCCUACGUCGGACGCCCAGACGAGUUGGAUGAUAGGGCUUUCACUCGAGGCGUCUUGAUUGGGUACAGCACAGGCUACGAACCCUAUGUCAAUAGGGUGCCAUCUGUGCUCGACGCCUUGCCUUCUCCCCUCUUGAUACGGACGCUCGUUCUCGAUCAUAGUUGCGAUCACCUUUGCCGAGACUUGGAAUGUGGAGGCAUCAUGUGGGAUGUCUCCCCGGCAACUUUCGCUCGUGCUCUGAAGUCGUUUCGCAGCGUCACAACGCUUCAUCUUGUCGGCCAGGAGGGCGGGAUUAAAGUCCCAGCCAUACUCGGGCAGAAGUUAGAAGACCUCCAGGAGUUGGUUUUACCCUCGUUGCGAGAACUCUUCAUCACCUUACGCCGCCCUGCAUGCCAUGUAUGGUGGGAGAAUCUCAGGACCGUGCUGAGCGCACGUAAAGAAGCAGGAUGCCCGAUAUCGCGCAUGAUAGUCCGUGGCGCCGGCGCCUGUCACACGUACCGGACCAAUCGCUUCGAGAAGGAGCAAGCGAAGGCGUACGCACAACUCACCGCGAGCUCGACCAGCAAAAGCGACGCACUAUCGAAGUGGCUGAAGUACUGUGAGGUCACGCUUGUGCAGGAGAGGAUGUUGGUAACGGAGCUUGUGGAUGAACGAGCGCUGAGCGCUUGCGACUGUGCAGCCGGUGCGUUACACCGGGGGAAACGCCCAUGGGAGUUCGUCGAGCCGGAGACCAAGUCCAUGCGACGGCCGCGGACAAUCAGCUUGCUCGACAGCUCUGACCUAUGUAUGCCAUUACCAAGUGAGACGCAACGGGAUGGCUUGCCUCGACGCGUGCCACCGGACGCGUUGACCCAACCUGCGGACCUUCACCGUCUGCCAUCCUUCUUGCGCAAAGAAGGACACCAUCUUGAGAGUUAG